AUGGCGGACGAACUAAACAAAACUGCGAACGUACCGGCAAACAUAAAAUUGUUCGUGUUUGAUCUUGCAGGUACAACUGUAGAUGACUCGAUUGAGGGUGUACCACUUGUGGCUAUCGCCAUGAAAGAAGCAUUUCACAAAAAUGGCCACAGCAUCGACGUGAGUUUAGUCAAUAAAUACCGUGGAAUGGAGAAGAGAGACGCAAUUCAGAGUAUCUUAAACGAGGUACACGAGUCAAACGAGUCAACCAACACGAAAUCUAACGUCGGUGUCGACCUCUUAUUCAAGGAUUUCAAUUUUUUUCUAAAUCAGAAUUUAUCAUCGAUUAAAAACGAAAUCCCAGGAACAACUGAAGUUUUUCAGAAGUUGAAAUCCACAGAAGCGAAGAUUGCUGUUGGCAGCGGCUUCCCGCACAGUGUCGUUGAAACUAUCACAGAUACCUUGAACUGGUCCAGCCUGGUCGAUUUUGUCUGUAGCGCAGAGAAAGCGGGUCAUGGAAGGCCUCAUCCAGCAAUGAUCCACUCGGCUAUUAAAUUUUUUGGGAUAAUGGAUCCCCGAUCAGUAGUCAAAGUUGGGGACACUAAGGUCGACGUUGAAGAAGGGAAGAACGCUGGUUGUUGGACGAUCGCAGUGUUAACUGGGACACAGAGCAGGGAGUUUAUUGCAGAGUGUAAACCGGAUUUUAUCAUCAAUAGCAUUGCUGAUUUACCUGAUCUAUUGUCAGGGACAUUCCAUAUAUGA